GGUACCAUUGUUGGCGCUGUUUGUCCCUUUCCGGCUUUUCGGAUGCCGAUAUGAACUUUUUGUUCGGAAAUCGAUUAGGAAUCAAAACAUUUAAACCUCGGAAAAGCAUUUCGGAACAAAAUGAUCACCACCUCAUGCUUCAAGAAGGUGCGGCCACUCUUGGAAGUGGAGAUCUGAGAGAAGCCGUUCGCUUACCCGAGGGAGAAGAUCUGCACGAGUGGAUUGCCAUAAACACAGUGGACUUUUUCAACCAAAUUAACAUGCUGUACGGCACUCUCAUUGAGUUUUGUACGGAGGACUCGUGUCCAGUGAUGAGCGCUGGACCGAAGUAUGAAUAUCAUUGGGCAGACGGACAAACAGUAAAGAAACCCCUCAAGUGUUCUGCUCCUCAUUACAUCAACUGUCUCAUGGUGUGGAUACAACGUCAAUUGGAAAACGAGGCUAUUUUCCCUUCAAAAAUAGGGGCACCUUUUCCCCGCGACUUUCUCAAUGUGGUCAAGGUCAUACUGAAGCGGUUGUUUCGCGUGUAUGCUCAUAUUUACCACCAACAUUUUUCUGAAGUCCGUGAUCUGCAGGAAGAAGCGCAUCUGAACACCAGUCUCAAGCAUUUCGUCUUCUUUGUCAUGCGAAUAUUCGCCUGUCCUCCACAAUCAGUUCAUGAACCGCAUCGCAGCUUGUUGGGAAUUUGACCUGAUACAGAAACGCGAACUCGCCCCUCUUCAGCAACUGAUCGAUUUGUUAACGGGUGCACGAGGUGACAAGGCUGAAAUCGUCUCGGAAGCGAAGACAGAAAACACGCCGUCUUUGCAGUCCGUUGCCAUUUCUCAUGAGCAAGAACCUCAGCUGAGCCCGGCACGAUAGCGGCUUACUAAGCUUACUUUUGUUCUAGCUUUACGGGACGAAACUCGACAAUCUCACCUAUGCUUACGAAUGCGCAUCAUCGCCUUUUGACCCUAAGUGCUAUCUGGCGCUCUUUGCCGACCUCCUUCUCAGAUGUGUUCGUUUCGCGCUGUGCAAAUUUCUCGUGUUACUUUAUUCACUUUUGAUUUCUCUUUUAAUUUUUUCCUUACCUGUACCCUCUUUUGUUUUUAUCUCCUCCAAUCAUGCUCUGUAUGCUAGAGUGAAAGUCAGCUACUACUUUCUGCUUGAUUUACUAUUUUUUGUGCCCGGUUUUUGUUCAACGAACAAAUAUGCCGACAGCACGAUAGUGUUGCUAUGGGCUCCCCA